AACAUACGAGGAAAAACAAAAAGAAAAAGAAAAACAGGUCUACCAAUGAUAGCAUAGACCUACAGUUUAUACAAUUGACCAACAAACUUCAUAGUUGUCUUUGCUUGACUUUCACUCCUAAAUAACCCACCACUCUCUAUACAAAUCAAGAAUUCUAAAACCAAGAAAAAAAAAUCAUAUCUUUAGCUUCUUUCCACUUACAAAAACAACAAAUUCUUGAUAUACAAUUUAAGUAACCACUAAUGGCUACAGUUAUUCCAAUUCAAAGAUUACCAAGAAAUGAAGGUUUACCUACAACAACUUCAGUACUUGGUUCAUCAUCAUCAUCACAUACAAGUGUUCCACAAAAGAAAUGGUCCAAUUGGUUACCUUUAUGUGUUGGACUUGUUGUUGUAGUUGAAAUUGCUUUUUUGGGUAGACUUGAUAUGGCUGAAAAAGCUAACUUAGUUAAUUCUUGGGCUGACUCUUUUUACCAGUUUACAAAGUCUUCUUGGUCAACUCCUAAAGUGGGGAUUAGGAGUAGUGGUGGUGAUGAGGUUGGGUUGGUUGUGUUGAGUGAUGAGGUUGAUAGGAAGUUGGUAGCUGGGAGUUGUGAGGAAUGGUUGGAAAAAGAGGAUUUUGUUGAGUAUUCUAGAGAUUUUGAUAAAGAUCCAAUUCUUGUUCAUGGAGGUGAAAAGGAAUGGAAGUCCUGUGCUGUGGGAUGCAAUUUCGGAGUGGAUUCUGAUAAGAAGCCUGAUGCAGCAUUUGGGACACCACAACAGGCUGGCACUGCUGGCGUGCUUCGGUCAAUGGAGUCAGCUCAAUACUAUCCUGAGAACGACAUUGUUAUGGCACGACGAAGGGGAUAUGAUAUUAUAAUGACAACAAGCCUCUCUUCGGAUGUUCCUGUUGGGUACUUCUCUUGGGCCGAGUAUGAUAUAAUGGCUCCAGUGCAACCUAAAACCGAGAAUGCGUUAGCAGCUGCUUUUAUUUCUAAUUGCGGUGCUCGCAACUUCCGAUUGCAAGCUCUUGAAGUACUUGAAAGAGAAAAAAUCAAGAUUGAUUCUUUUGGCAGUUGUCAUCAUAACCGGGAUGGAAAUGUGGACAAAGUGGAAGCUCUCAAGCGGUUUAAGUUUAGCUUCGCUUUUGAGAAUUCUAAUGAGGAGGAUUACGUCACUGAAAAAUUCUUCCAGUCUCUGGUUGCUGGAUCAGUCCCCGUGGUGAUUGGUGCUCCAAACAUCCAAGACUUUGCUCCUUCUCCUAAUUCACUUUUACACAUUAAAGAGCUGAAAGAUGCUAAAACUGUUGCCAAUACUAUGAAGUACCUUGCAGCAAAUCCUAGUGCGUAUAAUGAGUCAUUAAGGUGGAAGUUUGAGGGCCCAUCUGAUUCUUUCAAAGCCCUGGUUGACAUGGCAGCAGUUCACUCUUCCUGUCGUCUGUGUAUCUUCUUAGCAACACGUAUUAGGGAUAGAGAAGAGCAGAGUCCAAAAUUCAUGAAACGUCCCUGCAAAUGUACCAGAGGUUCAGAAACUGUAUAUCAUGUAUAUGUACGUGAAAGAGGGAGGUUUCAGGUGGAGUCCAUUUUCCUAAGGUCAUCCAAUUUGUCAUUGGAAGCUUUUGAAUCUGCAGUACUGUCAAAGUUCAAAUCUCUAAAGCAUGUUCCCAUUUGGAAAGCAGAAAGACCUCAAGUACUACGCGGAGGAGAUGAACUAAAACUCUACAGAGUACAUCCUCUUGGCAUGACACAGCGACAGGCAUUGUACACCUUCAGAUUCAAAGGGGAUGAUGAUUUUAGGAAUCACAUCGAAAGCCACCCAUGCGCAAAGUUCGAAGCCAUAUUUGUAUAGAUCAAGUGAAAAAAACUGGGAGUCUUGAUAGCAUCUUGUUGUAGGCCAUAGCGUAAUGCUCAUUCUUAUUAUGUGCCCCAUUGUCUACAUCAUUCUGGUUAUGAAUUUUGCGGUGCAAAAUGUUAUCCUGUUGAGUGAGGAUUUGAUUCUUACAAGGGGAAAGCCUAAUUUUGGGUGGAAAUUUCCAUCUUUUGACAUUUUCAAGGAAAAGAAAGGGAGAAAAUGACGAACUUUUAACCUUGAA